CUUGUUGUGAAUCUAAACAAAAUCAGUCAGUCGUCGUUUUGCUGUCGAAAGAGCAACGCGUCGAAGGGCCGCGCUCGCGGUCGGAGCAUGGUGUGGCAGUGAACGAACCCCGGAACGAUGCACGCGCUCUUCGGCGAACAGAGCCCUUAUGCGUACCGCGGAGGAGCCGCCGGCGGCUACUCGGCCGGAGUGACCCCCUAUGCCUACGAGCAGUACCGGUACGGGUACGGAGCGCCCUACCUCCACCCGCACCAGCAGCAUGUCGGCGCGCCCAAAGACAUGGUUAAACCGCCCUAUUCGUACAUAGCGCUCAUCGCUAUGGCCAUACAAAAUGCACCGGACCGUCGAAUAACGUUGAACGGCAUUUAUCAGUUCAUCAUGGAGCGCUUUCCUUACUACCGAGAAAAUAAACAAGGCUGGCAAAAUUCUAUAAGACACAAUUUAAGUCUCAACGAGUGUUUUGUGAAAGUGGCGAGAGACGAUAAAAAGCCCGGCAAAGGAAGCUACUGGACUCUGGAUCCUGAUUCUUACAAUAUGUUCGAUAACGGAUCGUACCUGCGGCGGCGACGUCGGUUUAAAAAAAAAGACGCUCUAAAAGAGAAGGAAGAAGCUUUGAAAAGACAGCAGCAGCUACAGCAGGCACAGGAGGCCCUGGCGGCGCAGGAGGCGCUGAGCGCGGCCGACGCGCUGGGCCAGGCGCGCGACGUCAAGCCCGACGUCAAGCCGCGCAUCUUCGAGUGCCGGCCCAAGCGCGAGCCCGGCGCCGAGUGUGCCCGCUAUGACAAACCAUCCGAAGCUAUGGACGAUUUUAGCGAACCCCGGUUGCCACCCUCAGCCGUAUAUUGCUCUCCGCAACCAUACUCUCUGGCCGCGGAGGAGUUCCGGGCAGCCACUUCGGGCUGGUACGCGGCGCCUGAACCGCCCGCCGAGCAACUGCCGCCAGCAUUCCGUGAUCUCUUUGAGCCGCCGAGCUGUCAGCUGGCCGGUUUCCGCGGCGGCUCCCCCGGGCCCGACGCUUACAGAGCGUCGCCGCCGCCGCAUCACCACUACCGCACACCGGCGCCCUCGUACUAUCACCAUCAAGCCUGCGUUGCAGCCGCUCCGACACCCGCUCACAAGUCCUACUGAGAUAUUGCCCUCAGGUAUGACGGUACGAAGAUAAAGCGGGAGGCAGUGCGCAGGGAACAGGGGUGUCCUUGUGAUGACGACGCACAGCACGAGCUGUGAUGUGCUGUUGGCUUAACAACAGCACUCGGACUCUACACUAUGACCGUCUCUACACCAUAGAGGUUCAUUCAUAGUGCCACAAGACUUUUUAGUAUGUAUAUUCGCUUGAAAAACUAAGUAUUGUAUCAUAUACUUAACUUUUCUUAACCAUAAGUCAUGUUAACGCAUGAUUAACAAAAACGCGCUGUAGAUUUGUAUAUUUUAAUCAAUUGAAUAUAUUCUUAUAGUAUGACACUAUUCCGAAGUAGAAAGUAAAUUAUCAGCAAAUCAACAAUUUGGUCAUUGAUUCCGUUUAUGACAAUAUUAUAUUACAGUAUUAAGCAUGGGAGUGUUUAUCAAUUAUGUAAAUAUAUUACUGUCGUUUAAAUAGUUUUUAAUUUCUAAAUUAUAGUAUAUUAUAAAGCUUUACAAAUGUUUAGUUAAGAUAUUUAAAUUCUAGUCUAUUCAUUGCUAAGUUCGUGACAUUGUAAUAUUGAAAGUGAAAAAGUUUCUGGUGGUUCUUAGUUAAAUAUUCAUAAAUUAAUAUAAGUACUAUGGCAUUUUCAAAAUAUGGUUAUUAUGUAAAAUGUGUGUUCAAAGUUGUAUCUAAACACUUAAUUUAGGCUACACCUGGAUUGAAAAUGAUAUAAUGUUUGGGUCAUUUAAAAAACAUUUAAAAAUAAUACUUUAAUGAUGAGUGUGUAUUUUAUAACUAAAAAUAAAAUAUUAUCCAAAAUAAUCAAGUCAUUUUAUAAUAUUUCAAGAUAGCUAGGAUAAAAAAUAUUCACGGUACCAUGAUUCAUAGUAUCUGUCAAUCAAUCAAUUUUAAUGAAUCAUGUUUAAUUAUGUAAGUUUCGUAAACUGCAAAUAUUUUUUGUUACAACGAUUUAACAUAGUAAGAUAGAAGAAGUAAAUACCUAAAUACUAUUUAAAAUUGUUCAUUAUGAAUUAAUUCAUAACUAAGAUGGACACUGCAUUCUGUCGUAUUUUGGGUUCAUUAUGUCAUUGUAAAUGAACUUGCCAGAUGCGUACCAUGCAUGCAUAAAAUUAACUAUCUUUAUUUUACCAUUUUUUCCUUUAUGCAGUCUCUUUGUGUGUACUUUUAUGUAUGACCCUACAAGCCAUUCCAAAAUUAUAAUAUGUAUCUUACAUGUAUAAUAUUUAUCACAUCAUGUCUGUAAGUUAUUGAUUUGUUUAAUAAAUGUGCACACUCAUAUAGACUGAGCAUUUUCUACUAAGUUUAUUUAUUUGAAAACUUUCAAUAGUAUCUGUAAGGAGGCCGAAUGUAGGCGUGUAGUUUAGCUAAGUAUUCUGAGAUAUUUAGAGUAAUAGGAUCAAUAGCAUAGCCAGUAGAUGUUAGCCACAUUUAUUGUUAUGAAUUUCAGACUAAGUACAUUUGACAUAAGGAUGUAAGUAUUUGAAGUGUGGGAUUAACUUGUGAUUUCUUGCAUAAAUGUAAAAUAACAGUUUCUAACGUAUUCGAUUCUAUUCAUUCCUAUACUACAAUCUGUAAAAGCUACCUUUUAUGGUAUCAAAGCAAAAAGCUCGAUGAAGCUACGUACGUUUUCUUUCACCUAUAUGUAAUCAAAUAACUUAAUUUUUCUACUUUCGUGAUGUAUUUUGCAGUUGUCUGACGUUCUUGCCGUUUACCCAAUUUUAGUAUACUACAUACAUUGAUAGUUAUCAAGUGUAAACAUAGAAUUAACUAGCAUUUGUAUUUCUAUUGAUUAUAAAGGCUUAUUCAAACACAA